UCCAAUUCUACUUCGAUUAUGUUUGUUAUUAUAAAUUGGCUGUAACCAGAUUAUUGUCGUACAUCUCGUGAAGCUGUUGGUUUUCUGCUGCCCCUAAUCAAUAGUCUCAAAGUUCUAAGGCCCUACACGCUGCGAAAGAAUUCACUGGGUUUGUACUUGACAAGAAUUGGCCUUGACCUCAUUCAAGAUGUGGAUCUUGUUUGCUUUGCUUCCCUACUGCGUGACCAGUAGAAAUGGGCCCCACUCAGCGGACAGUGACACGGAGAGAGUUUGUCGCACAGAAGACUGUCGGUUGGGCAGGACCGUCGCUAAGAUGCUGAACACGAGUGUUGAUCCCUGUGAAGACAUGUACGAGUUCUCAUGCGGAGGAUGGCUUCGUGAUAAUCCACUGCCUGCCUAUCUCAAUAGUUAUAUGUCACUUGAGAAACUUUUCCAUCGCAUAUAUUAUCAGACUAUUUCACUAAUGAAAAGAAAUGACACCAUAUUGAAGUGUCUCCAUUCUACUGCUUUCGAGAAAGUCAAAAAGCUGUUCAAAGUAUGUAAGGGUGAUGGAGCAAUCUAUUAUCAAGGCGUUGGAACUCUCCUAGAACUAAUUGACGGCAUGGGAUCCUGGACAGUCACUUCAACCCUACUUGAUUGGAAUGAGACAUCCUGGUCUCUUCAAAACGCUCUAGAGAAAAGUCACUCUUUGUGGGGGACUAGUUUCUGGUCAACAAAAAUUGAAAGAGAUUUGAAAAAUGGAUCUCGCUAUAUUCUAUACAUAAAUCAGAACGGUAUUCUUUAUCCUGACACUCCGGAUCAAUAUAAUAAAACAGAAACUCAAGAAGCCUACAUCAAAACUGCCAUAUCAGAAAUUGAUAUUUUAGAAGGAGAGGAAGAGACGAUCAGAGAUAAGAUGAAAGACGUGUAUGAGUUAGAAAUGAAAUUAUCAGAGAUAUUUGUUCCUGAAACAGAACGUGAUACUUACUUCAAGAAGUACACUAAAAUGACCGUGAGAGAAUUUCAGACUCUACUAGGAUCAUGGAUUGAUCUAGAACAAUAUUUUUCUGCUGUUUUCCGUGAAAAGUUUCUAAGUCAAGAUGAUGACAUCAUUGUGGAAACACCGAAAUACUUCGAGCAAUUGCAAGACGUCAUACAGGAAACUGAUGCUGAGGUGUUGGCCAACUAUAUUGCGUACAAUUUCAUUAAAAAAUCUGUUCCAUAUCUCCCUACCACAAGUAAAACAUCCAACGAAACAAAAAGAAGUGACUUUGGUUGCUUAACCGAGAUAAAUGAGAUGAUGCCUUAUGCAGUCGGUGCUCUCUAUGUAGAGAACCACCUAUCGCUGGAGGUCAUUUCCAAAAUUUCUAUCAUGGCUAGUGAUAUAGUACACGAGUUUCUUCAAGACAUUAGAGACCAGGACUGGAUUGAUGCACAAACAAAGGCACAAAUGAUUGCCAAAUUAAAAUCUAUGACUAUUCACAUUGGACCACCAGACUGGAUUAGAGACCCUGUAAAACUGGACAAAGAGUAUGAAGAUCUGAAAGUUGUGGAAGAAGAAUAUCUCGAAAAUUUUGUUCGUGUGACAAGAUUUAAUACCAAUAAGAAGAUAAAAGAAUACAAAAAUCUCCCAGAGCCCCCAAACCCUUAUUCGAUGAUUUCACCUUUAGCCUACUACGUGACAGAGUACAAUAGAAUUGUUAUUUUGCCGUCCAUUCUACAGGAAUAUUUCGUUUCACAUUUAUAUCCAGAUGCCUAUAUGUAUGGCCUAAUGGGAACAAUCAUAGGACACGAGCUUUUUCAUGGCUUUGACAGUGACGGAAAACUCUUUGACGCGGACGGCCAUCUUAGAGAUUUUUGGUCUGCUAAGGUCACGGAAACAUUUAACGACAGAUCGAAAUGUUUGAUUGAUUUGUUUGAGUCAGAGUCCUACACCUACCUUGGCAACAAACAUAAUGGAACGAAGUCUUUAGUAGAAACUAUUGCGGACAAUGCUGGUAUCAAGUAUUCUUUUAGAGCUUACAGAAAUGCCAUCAAAUCGAAACACUCUCUGCCGUACGUAGACUUAACAGAGGACCAAUUGUUUUUUGUCGCCGUGAGUCAGUUUUACUGCAGCCACUGGAGACCAGAGUAUGUGAAGAUACAUUUGUCAAUGCAUAAUCACCCUAUUAAUAAAUUCAGGGUGUAUGCUCUAAUGUCAAACAGUGAAGAUUUUGCAAGUGCUUUCCAAUGUUCGAAAAAUGCAACUUUAAAUCCAGAAAAUAAAUGCAAUAUUUGGUGAAGCCUUAAAACCUGGAAAAAAAUGCAAUUGAAACUUUUUUAUAUUGUGUAAUGUUCGCAUAUGUUAAAUGUGUCAAACCAAGCAGUUUCCACUGUAACUUAAUUGUUUUGUUUCUGUAUAUGCCUAAUUAAUAUUAAUA